UAAUACGUUCAUGCGUCAAGUGACAAUAUGUGUCAUAAGCAAAAAUAAAUAAAUAAACAAAAGAAACGCAGUUAUAUUUACUAGUUUUAGACUUAAUGCGCUUGUCAUUAUUGAUUUCAUCCAACAGGCCCAAGCAUCAGAAUCUAAUGGCAUUUAAUAAAUAAAAAAAACAUGUAAAUGAAUUCAUUUAUUACGUGAAUUGUGUAGCACAACUGAGCAGAAUGUAACGAAGUUUGAGGCCGACUGUCAAGUCAUUGAGAGCCUUGUUCAAUUCAGGGGUUUCCUGUUCAUCACUAAAAAGAUCUCGCGAGACUUCCGGUUGUGACUGGCCGUGGCUUUGCAGCAGACAGAGGGAGAAGGCAGGCAGGCAGCAUCAUGGCGGACAGAGACAGUGGAAGUGAGCAGGGAGGAGCAGCAACGGGCCCAGGCUACGGAUCUAUGCACCUGGCGAGCGGAGGGGCGGGCUCGGCUGCCGGGCUCCAGCAUGAGACGCAAGAGCUGGCGUCGAAGCGGGUUGACAUCCAAAACAAACGCUUCUAUUUGGACGUUAAGCAGAACGCCAAGGGCCGCUUCUUAAAGAUAGCAGAAGUCGGGGCCGGCGGAAACAAGAGCCGCCUCACUCUUUCAAUGUCCGUGGCAGUCGAGUUCCGUGACUACUUGGGAGACUUCAUCGAACAUUAUGCCCAGCUGGGUCCCAGCAACCCGGGGAUGGUACAAGACGAGCCGAGGCGGGCGCUGAAGAGCGAGUUCUUGGUUCGGGAGAAUCGGAAAUACUACAUGGAUCUGAAAGAGAACCAGAGGGGACGCUUCCUCAGGAUCCGACAGACCGUUAACCGGGGGCCCGGUUUGGGAUCCACGCAAGGCCAGACCAUUGCUCUACCUGCACAGGGACUUAUCGAGUUUCGCGAUGCUUUGGCCAAACUUAUUGACGAUUACGGAGUGGAGGACGAACCCGCAGAGUUGCCCGAAGGUUCGUCAUUGACUGUGGACAACAAACGCUUUUUCUUCGACGUCGGAUCCAAUAAGUACGGGGUCUUCAUGAGGGUCAGCGAGGUGAAGCCCACCUACCGCAACUCCAUCACGGUACCCUACAAAGUGUGGUCUAAAUUCGGGAAUACUUUCUGUAAAUACGCCGAGGAGAUGAAGAAGAUCCAGGAGAAGCAGCGGGAGAAGAGGGCAUGCGAGCUGCAGCAACAAGAGGAGAUGCAGCCGGAUGAUGGAGAUGAGGAUUGAUGGAGAACAACAAAAUAACAAUGCAAGAGUGACAAACAUAACAAGAGAAGUAUCAUUAAAAAAAACUCUACUGUAUAAAGAAAGAAAUCUAAAGGUUUAACUGUAAUGGUUUAACUCCAAGGGAGCAUCACCCACAAUAUAAGAAACCACAACCUUGACAGUUUUGACAUGUUGUCACCCAUCGCUGGAUGUUACCACCACUUAUCCACCAUUAAUACAGUAACAGGCUGCUAAACAAAGUAAUAAUGUUAUAUUUGAACAUUGUUUCCUACUUGACAAACAUUGAACUGAGUGUUAUCUCCCUUAUUAACUUUUCUACCACUUAAAAAGCUAUUGUAAAAAACAAAUGUUUGCAAUGUUCUGGGGGAUGGGGGUUCCCUUGUUAUGUGAGCUAAUGACUUCAGCACAAAUCAGAGGUUUUAAUUUUUCAAACCAAAAUUCUAAAAAGACAACUUUAUAAAAGUUUAUCACAAGUACUUACAAUUCUAUUUAUCUGUGAGUAGAGAUGUGUUUACACAUGAAAUAUGACGAGGGCUUGGCCUGCUCUGCAAACUGUCAUAGAGUAUAUAUAUAUAUAUAUGUUUAAAAGGAAAUUAUCGGCAUUUUCUUGAAAUAAGUGCUCUAUUUCUUGUGCAAUAUGCAUUACUUAUAAAUCAAAUUUAUUCACCUGGUGUGUGGAUCGGAAUGGUUGCCAGAGGCAUUUAAAGAAAUAUGAAUAUUGUACCUUUUGUUUCAGUUGAGAUUGUUGCCAUGCCAAUGGAUAUAUAAUAGACUACCUUUGUGUCUCGUCAAUGCAAUGUGUUCAUUUUAAAGGUACUAAAUGUGCAUCUGACAGAGGAAACGCAGUGACCACAUGUAGCAAAGUUGCGGGACGAACACAAGCUGAAAUCCAGUAGAGAAUCUAAGGUGUUGAUUUUAAGUUUUCAAAUUUAAAAAUGGUGCCAAGGAGCGCUGUUGCUGCAUGUUAACCUGCACUAUAUAUUUCGUUGGUUCCCCAAAAUAUUGGCUCAAGGACCCUUCCAUAUGUAUCUUUAUCUGCCUAUAUUGUACAAAUCUGAGUGAUUUCCAUCCAAAGGCUUGAUGUAGUUGUAGUGGAAGUUGUCCCUAAGUACGUGAAGUAACAUUGCGAGCGGAAAAGUUUCUCACACUUCCGCGGCCGGUCGACGUCCGUGGCUGUGUCGGUCCUCACAAGAGAGACCCAAUGUGAAGUCCAGCGUGUUACUUUGGUCGUGUCGUCGUCGCUCCACUGAGAUUUGUUGGCCCAAAUGUCUACCUGGGGGUGAUGAGAUCUUCUUUUGGUCUAAUUGUAAAUAUUUGGGCUGCCACACGGAAAACAACUGGUUCUAAUCCAGUUCUGUCGCAUCUCAUAGAUGUGUGUUAGCAGUUUUAUAAACUCCAGAGAAACUGGCAACAAUCAGAUAAUGCCAGAUUUACCUCAGCAGCGAGUUCAAUGAUUGCUCCCAAUGUUUAGAUUGACUGGAAACCAGCAACUAGACUGUCCUUGACCAUCUAUUUUUGGAUCCUGAGUGGUGAAGCUUAAAGUGAUUGGGAGCAUCCUCUUCAGCAUAUAAAAACAACCUGGUGCCUUACACACUCUGCAUGCUUACACGCUGGCCUGGUGCUUUGGAUCGCAAGUUGGCUUACUGUCGUCAUUUCCUCUUUUCUUUUUACUCGUCUUUGCAUCUCAGCCCCCUUGUGUGCAAGCGCACGGCUCGUGGUGCUAAUAAGAGUUUGUCUCAAACUCUUUAAAAAUAAGAAGCAGAGUUAUCCUUUCUGCUUUUCCUUCCUUCGUCCUCGACUCCAUUGCCAAGCCAUCCAGGUAUCGGCCUACAUGUAAACAUGGAAGCGGGUGGUCACCUAGAUGCAAGAUGAUGCAGAAGAGUCGGCUCUUCACUAGCCAAGCACAUUAGCGGAGGAGAGGAGGGGCCAACUGGAAACAUCGGUCGAGACUUGAUUUCAAAUGGUGAACAAGCUCCGCUCCUCUGGUUGAUUUAUUUGUUAUUUGGCUUUGGAAGUUCUACGUGUAUGUUUUUAAGUCGCUUAAUUAAUCGGGAGGAGUAGCAAGCAUGUCUAGUUUUUGUUCAGUUUUACAUCAUUUUACCUUUCAGCGUUACUAUUCCACAUUAUUUGUAAUUUUGGAAUGUUUUUGCCCAGAAAAUAAUAAUUAUUUUUUAUGUGCAACAUUUCAUCACUGUGUGCAAUAUCGUAUGUGCCAAUGGUGGCAAUAUAUGUAUAUCAAUUAAAUAUAUGAUUACUAUUUGAACGCAUGUGGCUCAAUUCCAUGUUUUAUUUCUCAUUUAUUUGCACUCGAAGCUCCGGUCUGGAGCUGGAAUACAGCGACCGAUAUAUUUUCCGUGUGAGGGGUCAAUGAGUUCACAGUGCCACAGUCAAUGACCCUUAAACAAGGUUUAUGUAGUUACUGAAGACGGAUUAAAAGUACCAAUUUUGUUUUCAUGUGAAACAGAAGCUUUUAAGCAGUGAAAUAUCGACAUUAGCUUCAUGCUAAUAAAAGGUGCUUCAGUCCGAUCCGAAUUAUGGUGUUUGUUCUCUCGGUUGUUGUCACUAGCACUUUUGAUUUCACAGGUAAAUAUUUACCUGACAUCUCAACGAAGAAUGUCUCUAUUUUGUACAACCUCUUUUUGUUAAAUUGGAGGGUUUUAAUGCAAUUCAUGUACAUUCAACAAAUUCUGAAUAUUUUUAUUUACCCAUAAGGGAAGGAGAUCUACAUUUAAAAAUGUCUGUUUUUGUUUUUUUUUUGUUUCAUGUUGGAAAAGAGAAAAAAAAAAUCCCAAUAUGAUGAGAAAGGUAUGUUUAAUUCCGAUGUAGUGUUGUCCACAUGUCUGGCUCUACAUUUACAAAGACACUAAUGACCAAAGCUUAAUUUUACAGCCUUGUCCGAAAACAUUGCAAUGAAAUUCACACCACGACUCCCUAGGAUAGAUCAGCGUUGUACGUGUAACCUCAGGCUGUAAAAUAAAGCUCGAUUUGAUUCUCUAA